CCCCGCCCAUCUCGGCCCCGCCCAUCCCUGCCCCGCCCCGCCGGCGCCGGGGCGCGUGCCGCGGGCAGCGCUGCCGGUGGCGGUGGCGGUCGCGGUCCCGGCGGGAUGGCGCAUCCUAGCGAGGCCUCGGCCCACUCGGCGGCCGCCGCCGCGGCCAUGGACAGCAACGUGCUGGCCAUCGUCAUCGCCGCGACGGUGUCCACCUCCGUCUUCAUCGUGGCGAUCCUCAUCCUGCUGCUGCUCCUGUACCAUCGGGAUCCCAUGUGCUGCCAGUUCCUCUGCUCCUGCCGCUUCUUCCAGACCCCCAGCCAGUAUGACUGUCCCCCACCCUACUUCAGCAGCAGCCAGCGACUGGUGGGUCCCCAGCGUGGAGCGACACAGCUGGAGAGCGCUGCCGAGAACCCGGGCGUGCAGGGAGACGAGCUGUUCUGUGUCGGACCCCCCAGCACCUACCAGCUCCCUUCCUGGGAGCAACCCCGCUUGCCGAGCUACGAGAGUGUGCGGAAGAAAGAUCGCCAGCGGGAAAUCCAUCAGAUGAUCGCCGAGAGGUUUGGGCUGUGGGCAGAGCCCUCCCAGGAGAUGCCGCCUCCCUACGAGCACGCUCUGCGGCACCCGCCGGCUCUCUCAGGAACACUCAUCAGCUCAGGGACCCUGGACAGACGUGGCGUGCCAGAGCCGUUCCAGGCGCCUCUCAGCUACCCAGCUCAGCGAAACACAGACGUGUAAGGCCUCAGCCUCGCGUUACUGCUCCUUCCUGUGGUGGCAGCAACAGAAGUGCCUGUGACACCGUUCUCAUCUGCAGGGAGCGGCCGAACCUCAGACCUCCACCCAGAUUCACCAUCAACUGAGACACAGGCCAGUCAGACCCGAUCAGGGGACAUGUCCCUCCUACCAUACCAGGACAACUAUGGAGCCAUCGCCAGGUAUUGCAUCCUGAGCGAUACUGGAGGGAUAUUGCUCGCUUUUCUCUGGCAAAUGUACUGUUAACAGCAAGGGCCCGGCUGCUUGUGUGCAGUGGGCAAGGCCGAGGUGAAGCUCAGCUCAGGCAGAGCGCCCUCCAGCAGCUGGUACAUCGUACCUCUGUGAGGCGAGCACGGCCCAUCAAGCCAAGGAUUGGCCUCAGACAGCGGUUAUGUUGUCCUACUUCAAUUAUGUCUUGGGUUAUAAAGUGUUUUACUUUGUCAGUGUAUCAGAUAUCAGGUGGGAAUCCUCACCUGCGAGUGGCAGAAUGCGCUCAGUGCACUGGAGCAUCACUCUGGGCUCUUGCACACGGUUCUCUGCGACAGAGCGAUGUUGUGUGGAUUUGGAUAAAGCUCUGGAGAGGCUCCAGGGGCUGUGUCACCUGUGGUGUGUGAGUACUGGCCACUGAGACAAACCGUGCGGCUGCCCAUGUGAGCCAGGAAAGGACCAAAGUGCGGACAAAGUAUCUGGUGGGUUCCGUGAAGAAAAGAAAGCAAAGGUGGACACGCGUAGCUGCCCCAGUUUACCCGGUCGUCUUCUGCAGGGCAGACUAUCUAAUAACGUCAACACUGGUGUCCUUACACCACCGAUUUUGAUAACCUGUUUUCUAAGGCAGAGCCAAUGUUUCAAAUUGUUUACAAACCUGUAGAUAAAAUGAGAUUGGUUUGGCCACAGGGCAUUUGGGCUCCUUUCUUUUGAGCAAUGUAAGCUCAGAAUUGUCACAGAAUGACUCCAGGAAAAGGAGAAUGCUUCUGGAUUAUGGCUUUAUGAUACACCUCCAGCUGCCGAGCUUCAAACACCACCAGGCUUAUGCAUCUUACCAGGCACCUUGAAGUCGGUCAUGAGUUCACUUAUGAAUGUGAACUCACCUUGUGGGUAAAUGGAAAACUUUCAGAUAUCUGAGUUAAUCAUUGAGGUGAGUUAGAUAGAUGGAAAAAUCUACCUUCCCAGGAUGCAGUUAAUGCAGGUGGAAAAGGAUUUGUUAUCUUCUGCAGUAUUUUGAAUUAAGAUAAAAAUAUAACAGUAAUGUCUAAAAAUUAGUGAAAAUUGAGGGAAUUAUUAAUGGGACAAGUACAGACAUAAGAGUGACUGUAGGGAGAAAUCAUCCAGCAGCACAAAAGGACAAGUUCUCCAGAGGAAGGCAGCUUGAUACUAAAUGAACAGAAGUCACACGUUCUAUGAACAGUCAAGACCUUCAAGAGUAUUUAUUAAACACAAGUGCCAGCUGGUGAUCCCAGUGCCUGGACACUGCCCAAGUGUGCUUUAGGAGCAAGAAAACAAAGUCCUAAACUGGUAUCUUCAGAGCGAGAAUGUUCCUGUCCUCGCUGCCAGUCCUGCUGGAGCAGUAUGUCCCAGCCACUCCAUCCCAUUUGUCCCUGUGCCAAUGCAGGAGGCUCAGAGCAUGGUGACCAGUUUAAAACUUCCUACUUCUGCGGUAGGGAUAACGUUGAUAAAGGUCUUAUAAAGAAUCGCUCCUUUGGGUAGGCGGCAGAUCACCUCCCGGCUCUCACUGCUGCGGGGUGGGGGUAUAUAAACCUCUUUGGUGUAUCUGACAAUCCCGUCUUCCAGGGCGUAGAGCGUCUUGUUACGGCCCAUCCCCACCUGGAAGAGGAUGAGAAGGGUUAGAAAGGGAAGGCUGGAAGUUCACCACUGAAGCAGAUCUGAUUGUUGGUCUGCCUCAUUUGAUAGGCUGGCGUCAACAGCAUCUGUUGCUUUGUAUUUUAAAAUAAAAGGAACCCACACUGUUUGUUUUUAGCGAUCGGUACAGAAGGGAGCUCAGGACAAGGGAGGAGAGACCGGUUCUACCCAGAAGCACAAGAACCCAGUUAGGUCACAGAUGUGUUUGGGGACAUCUGUAACUUCCAGAAUGUUAAAAACUAGCUUGAGAGACAGAAAGCGCUGAGUACAGGACUCUGCUGGGGCCUGCUGUUUUUUUGAGAACCAAGGAAGAAAUGGAAAAACAACUUACAUGAGCCCCUGGAUGCCAGCGUAUCAACCUCUGCGUAGCCAAGAUGUUGCCAGCGUGCACAAAUGCACCUGUAACAGAGGGACAGAGUCAGAAUGCAGAGAACAGCUCCCCAGAGCCCUGGCAGAAUGCAAAUGGUUCCAGGACUUACAAACCCCAGGUUUCUGUGGGAAUUUUCUAAGGAAAAGUUACUUCAAAUGCUAAAAGCAUCUCAACAAAAAUGCUGUUAGCAGGAAAUAAAGGGCAAUUGAGAUACAAUGGCAAAAAGCAA